AUGCACGGAUUCAAACCACUCAACGUCGACUCGGAAUCCGAGGACGAAGUCGAUGACACAAAAGAAAUCCAGAUCGAGGAAGCCAACAAGGCCUACAAUCAUGCCCUGAAACUACAUUCUCAAGGGCCCUCGUACCUGGCGGAGGCAAAAGCGGCGUACGAAGUGCUGUUUCAGUCGGAGAUUUUCAAGUACCCUGAAGCACUUUCUGAGUUUGCUUUGGACCAGGUCGAUGACGCUCCUGUAGCAGCUGUCCUACCGACCGACGAUGAACCCGUUGCCGUCCUGCCAAGCAAUGCCGCAGACUCAUCCGCCAGCCUGCCGCAGAUCGUCCACCUAUCUUUCAAGAACCGUGGUCAACUCGCGCUUGAUGAAGCGCGCUACAACGUGCAAGACGGGCUUUCACGAAGCGAAUUACGCCAAUAUUACUCGGCUGCUUGCAAAACCGGCCUCACCAACUUCGCCGAAGCUCUCGAGCGGGACGAUGCAGAUAUCGAUCUUUGGAAAAAGGCAGCUCGUGUCGCAGAGAUUCUUUCCACUCCGCGCAUCGCUCGCUUUUGCCUCGAAAGCGUGUUGGCGGGCGACGAUGAUGGCCUCGAACAGACCAUUGACCUCUCUGGACUUGACGAGGCAUUUGCCGCAGGAGAGCUGAGGGAUGUCAUUGCCUUACUUCAAGAUGAUCUAGCUCAGCUGCGUACGGCCGGCAUCCAUCCUAAGCCUAAGUUGCUUUCCCUCGUACGCAAGACGAACGACCCUUGUCCCUACCUGCCCAAACGAAUUUCGGAGGUCGAAUACAUCAAGCAAUCCUCAAUUUCCGCGCCUGCCAGCCAUAUCGCUUUGAGAUCAGACACAAUGACAAGUCUAGGCAAUGAGAUUCAUCAACUGAUCACGAAGCACCUGGAUGGAGAUGUCGUUGUGUCCGCUCAGACUAUGCUGUCGAUGGAGCACCGAGAGGCAGCUUACUCACCCGCUGGAAUGGACAAAGAGGAGUUUGUCGAUGCAGCAGAGGAGAUUGCGGGCACCCCUGCUGAGCAGAGCAACAUUGCUGAUGCUGCAGUCACAGACGGUAGCGAACAAGCCGAGCCAAUCAAUCAGGUUGCGAUGGAAGAAGCUUUGGUGAAUGAAAAUCCCGAACCUUCUGCGGAGGUAGCAGAUGAAGAGCUUCAUUUAAUACCCACACGCAAGAGGUCCUCGACAGUCGCGGGCAACGAAGAACCCGAAGGCAGAGUCAAAAGCAAGCGAUUGCGAGCCAGAGAGUCUAUGCUUGAAAUGACCCUCCAGGAUGAAGACGCUGUCCCCGAAAUGCCUGCUCACCAGUCUUGGAACUGGACCGUCCUGAAGAGUGCGGACGCGGACAUGCUGAAGACAGUGGAUACAAUGCUCUCCAAACUCGAAUUGCCUCAAUUUGGGAGUGCGGAAAACAUUCUUGCUGGCCACCUGACACCAGAUUGUCAUACGACGAUAGGAAUCGAAAUUACAUCCUCUCGUCAGACGCUUGCCUCGGAUUUGUCAACGAUGCUUAAGAUUUGGAGCGACGAGCAUUCACAGGCCCUGUUACAUGGACAUGGAAACCAGGACUUUGUGGAGAAGUCAGCAGGCUUAACAUUGUUCAUGCAGCAUCUGAAGGUCUCCCAGGAUGUUCAAGCUGGUUCCCCGCCAGCAGAGGGCUUCGACGAUGUCGCAAAUUUCGCCAGCCAGCUCGAGAAUUCUACAGCUACUCUGUACGAGGCUGUCCUUCUCUGGCUGUCGACACUGCUCACAUCCAGGCAUCAGGAUGGCAAUCUCAUUCUGUCGUCCUAUCUUCGCGAUACAUGGUCCGGCGAGAUGAAGCAGAUUGUUGUCCAGCUACUCAUUCGAUCCGAGGAGCAACUUUAUACUCUGAUCUCACAGAUGUACCGCGCUCUCUCUGAAAAUGGCAUGCAUGAUAGUGGAACAUCGCGUUGGCGUAUGCAACGCACGGCCGAGCUGACCGAACUCGUCCUCACCAUCUUCGAGCUGCAUAUUGACAUUCAUUCUCGCAUCACAAACCCCAUCAGUCAGGUACAACACAACACUCGUAUCGAGCAAACGGACAGGCUGGAGAGAUGGGCCGCCAUGACCGACGAUUUUGUGCAACUCUACACGCACUUAGAUAAGGAUCUGGCACCUACAAGCGAUCUUCUCAUUCGGUUUCUUUGGGCCACUACUGUAUAUGCUGGUAAGGCAGAUGACAUCGACCGCAACCACGUCAUGACAUGCCUGCAAGAUCUGAAAUCUAUCUUGCAGAAGCUCGACACCAAACCGAUAUCCUUGCCCAACAACGCGGCCAUGCCAUUGCUGUCUGCGUCGGCAGCUGAACAGGAACUUUUUAGACUCAGCACUCUUGAUUUCUUUAUGAGUGUGUUUGAUGCGGACAACAGCGACUCAGUUGCUGUCAUUGAGAAGCUCGAGCCACUGCUGGAAGCCGAUAGUUCCCCAACCGAGAGAAACUUGAUAUCCCCGGAGUCGGAAGCGGGCAAAUUAAUCCAGUUUCUCAACUCGGGCGACGCCUCCCUCAGACUCUUCCUGUGGCGUCGGUUACAAAAUGCAUACACAACAAUCUCGUAUACACCAAAGGUCGUCUCUUGUUUGUUCAGAGCUGUCGAAACGAUCGUGAACGAGCUACAACGAGUCACCGAAGAGAUGAGCGACGAACACGAGCGCCAAAUAACGGAACUCAAGUGGCUGAAAGAUGUUGAUGAUCUACUAGCCAGAAUUCUGUCAAAGGUCAUCGGCGAACCUACCGCUCUGGAGGUCAUGGAUGAAGCUCACCUGCGCUCGUCACUCACGGCUGUGACUUUCCUUCUGCGACUUGUCCAUGUGCACGCCCUCCACGAGGACAACCUGCGCUUUGGCUAUACUGCAGUGCCACAAUUUAAAGGCGCUGCAUCUACCAAGUUGUAUGAGAAGAGUAAAGACCGUUUGCGAGAGAUGCAAGUCCACCUAUGGACACUUCAGUACAUCUUAUUGAAGGAAGCGACGGCACAGAUUCCCGAAUUGUUUCCUGACCGUGCAAAUGAUUUGGCAGAUUAUCUCUGUACCACCCAUCACGCCCUUGGUCAACGACACUACUGCAGAUAUGCCAACAAGCAGUUUGUCCGUCUUGUUAAGCUUGAACUCAAUUCACUCGAAACAACCAAUAAUUAUCUCGGCGACAUGGCCCAAGUUAUGUUUGAUCUAUACCAGCUGCGCUUCAAGAUCAGCGAAGGCGAUUUUGAUCACGGCUGUCCGCAUGAGAACUUGGACAAGAAAACAGCAAACUCUCUGGUGCCAAUGGUUAUGACAUACGCAAAACAGCUCUCAAUAAAAGACCUUCUGAAGAGCGAACUGAGGAACACAAUCGAUAAAGUUCAGACAGCCUCAGGCAGUGUCAAGAGCGGCCCUGUCGUGCUCCAGAACAGGAAGCUAAUGACAACUUACCUAAAAUCACAACUCAUACCAGAAAAGUUCUACAAAGCAUACAAAGGGCAGGGUGGGCUAGUCACCAAGUCACUUGCCGAGGACGAUUCGACCAAAGCCAAUUAUGGGUGGUAUUUUCUCCUCGGACACAUUACACUCGCGAAAUACCGAGCAGUAAAACGCGUCUCACCUACUCCAACAGAUGACCUAGAUCAAGCUGCCAGCCUUUUGAGACAGGACCUCGAGUACAACUUAGAGAAAUGGGAGUCCUGGUGGAGGUUGGCUCAAAUCUACGAUAUCAAGAUCGAGGAUGACUUGAUAUGGAAUUCCACGAAAUUGAACGACUCAAGAGGUGACAUUGCCCAAUUGGAGCGAAACUCGAUCAACGCAUACCUCAUGGCGAUAACAAUGGCUAUGAGAAUGGCUGACGACAAUGUUGAAACAGGCCAGAAGCUAGAGGACAUGUUUCGAGAAUUUGCCAUUCGCUUGUAUGCUUCUUCCCGUCCUCCCCUCAACAUGGAAGCGUUCAAGACGGACAAGCACAUGCGCCAUCUGAGUAAUAGCGUCAACCAGUCGAUGUCAAAAGUGCCUCUGCGUGCACCAUGGACGAGCUACCAAUUGUGGAGAUUCGCAGCGCGAUUAUUGCAGAAGAAGUUUGUCAACAAGCCGAAGCCGUGGGCAAGUCACUAUUACCGUCACAAGUGCCUGUGGAAGAUAUAUCAGUCGCCCGAAAAUGCCAGCGCUCGACAUCCCGUAACACCUGAGCAAGUCGUCGGCGCUCUUGUCGAGUCAAUCGAAGCCUUGCCGCACGUGAACAAGUCGAGUGAAGUGAUCUUGGAACCACACAUGCGUAUGGUCUCCUUGAUGCACAAGAUGGUCCUCCGAAGUGCUAUGACGCCACAUCAGGGAUAUCAAGCAUUACAAGCAAGCCGAUUUGCGCAAGGUGUACACCUUGCUGAGGACGAAGAUGGCCCGGAUUGGGAGCGUUAUCUUCUCAAUAUCCUUAAGAAGCUUUCCUCGGCCGACAAAGCCAAUUGGCAGCAUCGCAUCAUUAACCGUGCAGCACAUAUCAUCUAUGACUCAGAACAAAGUAUGCCCGGAGCACUGGGUGCAAAGCACGAGUUCACGCAGCAGGUCUUCACCAAGACCAUGACUUAUCAGGUCUGGAAACCGGAGUUUGAGCGAGCUGGUCGGCAUUAUGUCUAUACUGGUGCAUAUGUGACGUUCUUCGCCCACCUACUAGAUCAGCUGAACGACCGUGCGAAUAUGGAUCAGCUCGUGCGGCGGGUGCGGCGGAAGUAUACGGACUUUAUCGACCACACGAAGAUUUGGGAAAACCUUUGCGUCACAUAUGUACGACUCUUGCGCCGCAUUGGCAAGAUCCCCGAGGGCAAAGAGCGUGCUCUAUUUGAUAACAUCAGCUUUGAAGAGUUCUCCCGUCUCUCUGAAAAGGUCGAGCAAUGGGCGCUGGAGCCUGACAAUACCUCGACUGUUCUAGACGUGAUGCGAGACACGAUAGAGCUUAAGAAGCUCAACAACAGCCUGCUGAAAGGGGGAGUUAUCGACGACAUGAUUGGAGAUGCAUAUGCAUGUCUUUACGAAACCUUUGUCUCCCAGUUGACCGAAGAGGAACGGGCUCCACCUCCUCCCCCUGCGCCCGUACCCGGGUCUUUCAUCAACAUGACGACCAAUGCUGUUGGUCCGGACGGUAAGCCGACCGACGGAACACCAACGUUACCAGGAAACGUUCCCGGUGAGCCAGGCCAGAGUAUCCCUGCAGCCUCGCAGCCGUAUAGCGGAGCGCCGGGACUGCCUCAGGAUCCUGCACAGCCUACCCGAGCGGUGCCGCCUAACAAGCCGGGUCGUGCGAAGACCAUUACUCGCAGAGAAGUCCAACGCAAAGCUGAAGCUGCGAUAGCCAAACCGCCCCCAAUAAAGACCCCAACUCUCAGUAAGAGGCCUGUCAUUGAGAUCGCAAUGUCAGACGGUGUACGGCGGAGUGCAUCACCCGCAAGUCCAUCUGGCGAUGUUCGUCUUGACCGACUGCGCGAUGAAAAUGGCGAUGGGAUGGACAGUGCCGUCACGUCGCGUCGAAACAGCGUCCAAGGCAGCCUCGACAACGAUGGCGAGAAUGAUGCAGACCGCGAAGCUGGCAACGAAGCCGAUGACGAAAGCGAGCUCAGCGACAUCAACGAAGACGAUGAGGAGCCAGAGGAUACUAUCGAGGUCGGGUCCAAGCGGAAGCAGAAUCUCUUUCCGGGCCUUUCAAACAGGAUUAGCCAUGACAGUGCUAGCAGUGACGCAGAUGAUGAUGAUGACGGCGACGAAGAUGAGGAAGACGGCGAAGGUCAGGGUGAGGGUGACGGCGAGGAGGAUGAGGGUGAAGAAGGCGGCCGGGAUGGUCAAGCUCAUGAGGAUGCCAUGGCCGUGGAUGAUGACGGCGAGAUGGAGAUUCAAGAUUCUCAGCAAGCCGACGAUGGUGGGGAGCGGGCCAUUGAAUGA